UACUCUUUUUCUGAUCAACAUAAUUAAAGUGUGCCGCAGAAGUUUAACUAUAGGUUCAAGUGUUCAGUGAGAUAAAAACAGGUUGAAAAAAAAAAACACAGUUCUAUGGGCUCCUGGCGUGUAGCUGAGAAUUUGGGCCCUAAGGACCAGAGGGCAGAAAGGGGUAGGCCAGGGGAGGCAUCAGGACAGCUGGUCACACCGUGGGGAACUUUGCCUGGGCUGGACUCCUGUAGGGCAGCUGUUCCAGUGGGGGGAGGGGCAAUAUCCUGUAGGGGUAGGGGACCUUGCUAUGGGCUGAAGGGGCACCAGGUCAGGCCUGUCCCCAGGGGCCUCACUGUCUCUGCUGUCUGCAGUUCUAGGCAGGCAGCGCUCACUGACCUCAUGAGUGUGCAAAGGCUGAAGCCGGUGCAUAGUCAUGGGGGCUUCUUGCCUCUGCCAGUCACGUUUGUUUCUGCCCUCCCAGAGCCACCCCAGCCUGCAGGGAACAGACACCCUGGGAAAGAUGGACUGCCACAGGCUGGGGCUACGGGGAAGCUGGGAAUCCCAGAGGCUGCCAUCGCACAGAGCAGGCUGGUGUCUCCGACUUGCUUUGCUCAUGUUAGCAGUGGCUGCCACUCCCAAAUGCUUCCCUACAUCUCUGGCCACAUCCCUGCACUGUGUGCUCUUCAUGUGAAGUCUUGCUCUGUCCAUGGCAUGUCUCCCUGCUCUUUUGUUGAUCAGAGAGUCCAAACCACUAGCCCAAGGUCCCACUGGAUAUCAGACUGAGCCCAAACGUCACCAAUCACCUCUCCAACCUGGCUCAUUGCCAGCAGUAAACCCCCACCUUCCCAUGGCUCUAACCCCUUCCCAUGCCCUGAAGUCUUCUCCUCACCACCCCCACCCCACAGAGCCUACAAAAAUCUAGCUGCUCAGAACAAGCCACAUUUGCUGCAGUGCUACUGAGCUUCCCCUAAUCUAUUGACCAUGCUUUCAGGGUGGCGCGAUAGCUAUAGCCAUGUCUGCUAAGUACCAAGCCCUGGAACGACAGAGACAAAAAGGACCAGGACCUGGGCUGUGUCCCAGGGAGUGUCUGGGCUGGUGAGGACAGAGCAGCCCAAGAGGCAUAACUGGCUGAGACCAGAGCUGGGGAUGGGGCCUGGCGAGACACACAGGUGUCAGUGAGACACCUGCUGCGGAGCCUCAGGGUGCUGCCACCCAGGCCAAAGCUCCAGUAUGGGCCUGAAUGUGCCUGGGGACAGCUCAGGUGGAUGGACCACUCCCACUCAGCUUUGUAGAAAACCAAACCAGCCUCUGGACAAGGACAUCCCUGGACCCCAGCUUGGGAACCUCCAACACAAAACAUCCAUUUCUUCCCAUGCUAUCCUCCCACCCCACUUUGGGCGAAGCAGAUAUAAUGAUUUUGCUGUGUGGCUGCAUUAUCAAACAAUUCAAAGAGGAUCUCAGAGGCCUUAGGGAAGACACUCCCUGGGUGAGGGGGCCAGGUGACCGGCUUCUUCUGGUCCUGGGGACCUCUGGGGAGGCCCUCUCCUUUCUGGGCCUGCACCUUUUGGUCAGCACGAAGGGACAGGAUGGUGAUUCCUAGGACCCUGCCUACUAAGAUGCCACCGGGGCCCCCAUGGUGCUGACUGCCUUGGAGGGAGGGCACCGGCAGGAAGAAGGCAGGGCCCCUUUAAGCCCAACCUCACUUGCUCAGACUGUUAUGUAUGAGACCAACUUCCUUAGCAACCACCAGACUCUUAAAGGGGCCUUGGAGCUGUGGCUGCCAUCAGCCAUGGCUCCUAAAAAGAAGGCAAUCAAGGAGCCUGAGGCCAAGAGGAAGAAAGGGGGUAAGAAGGAGCUUGUAACCCUGAAGCCUGUGGAGACACCGCUGCCCGAGGAGACCCGGGAGUUCUACCACAUCCAGAUACGAGACCUGGAAGACCGGCUGGCCCGGUACCAGCGGAAGUGGGAUGAGCUGGCGGUGCAGGAGAAGCUGUUCCGCCAGGAGUAUGACCAACUGGCCAAUAACAAGAAGGAGAUCGUGGCCUUCCUCAAGCGCACACUCAACCAGCGGGUAGAUGAAAUUGCAGACCUCAAUGAACAGCUCCAGAGCCUUCAGCUGGCCAAGGAGCUGGAGAAGGAUGCCUUCGAGGCACAGCUAGCCCAGGUGCGCCAUGAGUUCCAGGAGACCAAGGACCAGCUCACCACGGAGAACAUCGUCCUUGCGGGAAAGCUUGCGGCCCUGGAGGAAUUCAGGCUGCAGAAAGAGGAGCUCACAGACAAGUUUGAGCUAUUGGAGGACCAGCUGCGGCAGCAGGAGAUCGAAUACAAGGACUAUGUGUACAACCUGGAGAGGAAAUCAAUGCUGGACAAGGACAGACUCAGGAAAGAGAUCAUUCAGCGUGUGAACAUGGUGGCCACCGAGUUCCGCAAGGUAGCCACUAACCAGAUGUGGGAGACGACGAAGCGGGCCAUCCAGGAGAAUAGCAGCGUGACCCUGCAGCUGGCCAAGACGUCCCGGCAAGGUGUGCAGCUGCUGCAGGAGAACGAGCAGCUCAAAGGCAGCCAGGACGAGCUGUACAAACAGCUGAAGGUGCUGGAGAGCACCCAGAAGGUCAUGGCCAGGCACAAAAUAGGCCACCAGAAGAUCAUCCUCAUGCUGACGGAGAAGUGCCAGGAGCAGCAGCAUAGCAUCGCAGAGGCCAAGCAGCUGCGCCUGCUGCUGAGACACCAGGAACAGAGUUUCCAGCAGCUGCAGACCGACAGUGAGGCCCAGAGGAGCCAGAGAGACCAGCUGAGCCUGCAGCUGGAGCAGCAGAAGGCUGAGGUGCAGCGGCUGCAACAGGAGCUGGCCAAAGAACAGAGGGCUCGGGCCAGCCUGGAGGUGUCCCUGGGUCAGGCCACCUCCUUCCUACAGGACAUUCUGCAGCAGAUGCAUGCAGAAGAAGAGGACGGCAACUUCGAUGUGAUGUUCCAGCUGCACUGCAAAGAUAUGCUACAGCAACUCCUGGCCAUGCUCAGCUCAGCCUUGGCUCUAAGACUCCCAAUGUCUGUGUGUCCCCGCCAGGAGUCCCAGCCCCAUGGCCCACCCAAGGAGAGCAGCCAUUCCAACAUCCAGCUGCCCAAGGCUGGGUCUCUGCUGCAGCAGCUAUCUGCCAUCACCACCUCCCAGCUGGGGGAUCUAGGCCUGGUGCCUCGUCUGGGCCACAUCCCACCUAACCCCCAGGACCUCAGACUACUCUCACAUGUCACCCGCAUGAAGACCUUCCAAUCACACAGCAACCCUGAGAUCCAUGCCUCCAGUUCUCCAAAAAGGCUCAAAAAGUUUAGUCUUCCUGAUGUUCUCCUACGCCCCAAGUAGGACACAGAAAGAAGACCAACCCCAUACUCCAGAAACGGACCAUUCUAGCCACAGUCCCCUGCCUU